AUGGAAAAAGAAAUUGCUAUAGAGAAGAUUGCAAGAAAAGUUGAUUUUGAUUGUAGUAUAUGUAUGUGUGAGGUAGAAAUACCUGUUGUAACCAGAUGUGGCCAUCUAUUUUGCUGGGGAUGUAUUAGUGGAUGGGGAGAGAAAUCAAGCAUUUGUCCUGUUUGCAAAACCCUUUGCAGUCUCUCCACUGUAAUACCAAUAUACUCUAAGGGAAAACAGCACAGCGAAGGCUUCUUUCCAAAGCCAGCAGAAGUAAAAAAAACAUGCAAGAAGAACUCCGUAUACGCUAAUUUUGGAUACUCGGAAGAGCUGAGGAUCUUUCACAUGCAAGGAAUGGAAUAUAGAAGAAAUAUUUAUGGUAAACAGUGCCUGCUUACAAAAAUUCUUUAUAUGAUUUUCCUUUUGUUUUUUAUUAUGGUAUUUUUUCUUUUGGAAUAA